UAUAUACGCUAUGUAACAAAUAUAUUGCACGUCAGCCAUAACCUAUCCAAAAUAUUCUUUAUUAAAAACCUACCAAUUAACAUUUUGCUUGCCCUGCUCUGCCGAAUGGAUAUAUUGGAGAUAAUGUAAUUAUACAUAUGUAAUGCCAUGCCAUGCCUCGCAAAAACUUAUGGUUAUCGAUGUUUCAAACAAAAUGACAUAAAAGGACGAGAGCUAGCCGCUGUCACUGCCCGGUUAAAUUUUUUAAAUUUGUAUGUAAUUGUCAUACGGAUGAUUUGAAUUAUUCUGACCUAGUCAUAGUUGGAAGUAGUGUUAGUUGGAUAUCAUAUUUAUUUAAAUUUUAACAAAAAGAAGAGAAAUGAAAACCUUCCUAAUACAGUUUGCCGCCAAAGCGGUGCCAUGUUUGAUGCUCAUUUUGGUUGUAAUUCAGCUGUGCUACAAGCUUUAUAGCGUACGCUCACGUUUUAACACAACUGUAAACUGCUGGUUCUGUAACAAUAAUACGCGCGUGCCCUACGGCGAGCGCAACAGCUGGACGUGUCCCAGUUGCGAGCAGUACAAUGGCUUCAAUAGAGAUGGCGAUUACAAUCGAGAUAUUUUGUCGCAGCGCGUCAAUAGCUCGCGCUCCGAUACCAACUCGUCGGUGGACAAUAGCAGCGGCGCGAAGAGCGUCCACUGUGCCAAUGCCUACUAUGGCAACAGCGGACAGCCGCCGCCGCAGGACAAUGGUUUGUGCGCCCAGUGCAAUGAAGCGCAGCGCCUAAAGAUCGAGAAACUGGCACAGUUCGAGCCACGCUUUGAGUCGCGCUUCGACCAAGAACUCAAGCUCUAUCAAGAUAAGCUGGAGCAAAAGUAUCGACUGUGUAGCACCUGUGAGCGUCAUGUGAACAAGGUGCUGCACGAGAAGAAGAAAAUGGUGUUGGGCUCGAAGUUUUUGUACUUCAUAAUGAAAGGCGCCGCCUUGCUCAAGCAACCGCAUUAUGAGAGUCUCGCUCGCGCCCAACAAAUGCGCCGCCUAAAACGCUAUAAACUGUGGAUGAAGCUGCUGACGCUGGUCAACAUCGUCUGCCUGCUGUGCACUCUGCCAACAGCAUCACUUGAACAGUUCACCCUCAUGCUGGGCAGCACACUGGGCAGACCCGUUUACCUUGCCUACACUCACGCCUUGACCAUGCUGCACGUCGUCCUCGGCUAUAUCGGCGAAUUGCUCCUUGGCCAGCCUUUUACGUCGAAACUCUGGAUGUUUGCCAGUAUCAUGGGCAAAAUGCUAAUAUAUACUGUGGGCAUGGAUCAGACCCAGGCUGCCCAGGCGACCUUCGGCAGCUGCUAUACCACCGUCUAUCCUUACGCCAUGCUCAUCAUCAGUUUGAUAAGCAACAUCAUUAGUGGAUUCAAGCUGACACGCUACACCGCCCUGCUGGUCGUGUGGAGCGUCUAUGCCAAGGGCUCUUUUCUGUUCCUCGAGGCCAUUGACGGGGUCACUUUUGUCCUGCUGGGCAGUCUGAUGACCCUUAUUUUGUUGAACUUGCGUCAAGGCAGUUGCGUGGAACAGCUGUCAGCGGGCGAAAGCUUUCAUCGGCUGUGCGCGGAUGAGUGCAUCAAUGACGACGAGACAAUCAGCUUGCUGAGCCAGCAGUUGAGCAAUGCCAGCAAUGUCAGCAAUAGCAAUAUGUCGAUGAAUGGCUCCAACUGCGCAAGCCCGCAGCUUGGUAACAACAGCCAUGUUCAUGGCCAUGGCCGCGGCAACGGCAACGUCAACGUCAAUGACAAUGGCAACAUUCUCAACAAGCCGCUGGUGGCGCCUUCAGUGUUGUCCUUGGACUCGCUGCGUCUGUCGUCGCAGCGCACGACCAUUAAUCCGAUGAUGGCAUCUCCGGUGCCGGCGCCGGCCGCCAGCUAUCGUAGCCAGACGCCCAUGUACUCGGCCAACAGCUUGGACCAGCAGGCCUGGCGCAACAACUAUGCCAUGAACAUGAAUAUGGAUGCCAUUUGGCAACGCGCCGGCUCCAACUAUCCGGCGGCUGGCUUGGAGCCGCGUCAGCCCACCUAUGGCUUUGGAAUGGAUCAACGCCCAUUAACACGUUCCACCAAUAACUUGCUAUAUCCUUCACGUCUCCAGAUGCAGCAGCGCCACGGCGAUAUCUCCGCCUGGGUGAACGCUGCCAGCGUACAUCCACAACCGGAUCUGUUUCAGGAGCCAAACACAGCUAAUCUGAUGCCUUGCGGCUACAAUCGUGAGUUCUCGCGCACUUCAUCCCAGUCAUCGGGCUUCGAGUCACAGAUGGGCAACAACAAUCCAAAUGCCCAGCGCCAGGAGCAGCCAGUGCAGCAGCAGCCACUGUGGGGUCAGUCGGACCAAACUUCAUUGCGCGACUACGGACCUCCGUUGCGCGUGAUGCCGGCUCCGGCCUCGCCCUAUGUCGGACAUUUCACCCAGGAAUAUCGUCCCGGCGAUUUGUUGCGCAAAUGGAUGGAUCGCGACGGAGUCGCCAAGCCCAAUUAAUUUUCAAUCUAGUUUUCGUUUUAUUCAGUUUGGUUGGGUUCGUUAAUUAAUCAAAUUUUUCAGGUUAUUUCUUUGGUUUCAACAAUUUAAAAAAAAAAACUAAACAUAACGAGCUAAUCGCUUAAGCUAUAGUCCCAUAUCGACUCAGGAAUCAAUGACGCUAUAUUUCACAUAUAUUUACUAAAUAGUCUAAGAUCUUGCUUAAAUAUUGUCUUUUAAACAACAAAUUUAUUAUAUAUAGCUGACAGAACUAGAUCGCGCUUAACUCUUAAGAAGUUCUACAAAAUUCUGGAAUUUUUUUUUUAUCUAUAUACAUACAAAU